CCCACCACCACCCCCAUCCAUAUCAUGUUUACCCUGCUUGCAGCUGCCCGCAACGCCUUCAACAACCUCAAAACCAGCGCAUCCUACCAGGAAAAGAAGCACUGCCGGUUGUGUCGAAAGUGGUUUAACCCGUUCCGUCGACGCAAUUCGUGUGCAGGGUGCCACGAGUGCUUCUGCAGCCGCUGCAUUGACGACGAAAACGUCCUGGGCGAGCCUUCGAAACCCCGAAACGCCGAAACCCCGAAACCCCUGUGCCUCUACUGCGCAGACGCGUCCCAGAAGUUCCUUCGACUGACGUCCAUGUGCUCGCCGGACAAAGGCACGAUCUUUGUCACUUUUGAAGACCCACCGUCCACUGUACCACCAUGUGCCGAGCACCGACUAAGCCACGACAUCAUGAAAGGCGGCUACUCCUUACGGCGCACGUCCAGCUUGGCUACGGCCAUCUCUGAUGUCACAGACGUGGACGAGUGGAAUGCGCGACAGUCCCAAGACUUGGGGAGAUGGGAAGGUAACUGCAUUCUCAUUGAAGUCCUCGAGCCAGGGUACUACACAACCUCGUCUAAACGAGCCAACGUGCAACGCAGAUAGAUCAAGCCAUUGGUAGUUUUGAUCGCUUAGUUGCUACAUUAACUAACUUAUUUAACUUAUUUGAACCA